AUGGUCGCAGGGGCUCCCCGGGGGCCCGGACACCUGCAAGGAGCCGCCCCCGGCUUGGGGGCCGCUGACCACCCCCUCCGGCUGCGGUCUCUAAGCGCGCUCCAGAACCGCCGGUCGGAGCCCGAGCCGCAGACAAAGGAGGCACCCCCGCCUUGCCCCUUCCCACCUGCUUCCCCGGAGGCAGCCUUCGGGGUUGGGGGAGCUCAGAUCCGCGGCCCCUGGGGACUCCCCGCGGCUGAGGCCGCAGCCGCCGGCGCGCUGUGUGGCUCCGUGGCUCGCCGCCCCUCUCUGAGGCCGGGUCCACCUGGCUCGCAAAGCGGGGUGCCCGGGGAGCCCCCCAGCCCCGACCCCGCGCCCCGGGCCCGCACAUACCUGGCUACGCGCGCCGCUACCGAGCGCUCCCCGGGCCCGGCCCACCUGGAGCUCAGUUGCACCGGCCACACGCGCGCACAUCUGGCCCCCGGCACUGCGCGGCCAAGUGCGCCCAUCCUGGAGAUGGCAAAACGGAGUCCCCCGCUCUCUCACAGCCGCAAUGACGGCAUGAAUGUUGGCUGUGCCAGGCACGAGAAACCCGAGCUCGGCGAGUCCCGGCUCCGCCCGUGCGGGUCUCGGAAGAGGCUGACAGCUCCGACCCGGGCUGGGAAUGGCCGCGUCCAAGGCGGCUCGGUGCGCCCCCAACCCGGCGUGGGGACCCGCAGGGGCCUCCUCCGAGCGGCUGCGCGUACCCGAGACGAACCGGGGCACCAGGCUGUCCCCAGGCCCCCACCGGCCCGGAGGUCCCCGGGGCGCAGAGGAAAGGGAAGUGAGCUCGCCGCUCUCCCCCCGCCGCCGGAAUGGUUUGCCCCGGACAUCCUGAUUGGCUCCUCGCUUCCGUUCGAACGCCGCGCCGCCGGGGUUGCCAGGCGACCGCUUAGCUUGGGCCCCGCCAGCGAGCGCCCCGCCUCGCCAGCCCAGCCCAGCGCCGCUCUGCCCCGCCGGCCUGCUGCUCCCGCGGCCGCCGCCGCUCUGGAGCCUCGUUCUCUCCCUUGGCCAGGCCUUCCACCCGGUCCCCGACACGAUGAGGCGCCCUUUGGGCUCCCCAGCUAG